AUGAAGAAGCGCGGAAAGUUGCCUAAAGAGGUUACAGAGACGUUGAAAACUUGGCUGAUGGCGCACAAGUCCCAUCCAUAUCCCACUGAAGAUGAGAAGAAGAUGCUCUGCGACAAAACGCAAUUGAACAUGAGCCAGGUGUCGAAUUGGAUGAUAAAUGUAAGAGGUUGUCUGUUGUAUCGGUUUGGGCUGCGGCGCUAA